AUCUGGGUUUGAAAUUGGCCGACGGCGGGAAUGGAAGAGGAGCGGAUCGAAGGCAAAGAUGAUGAUUCGAGACUGGAAAAUUGAUCCAAGCUUCAAUUGGAAGCCUGGGGAAGAUCGUGGAGUGGAUGAAUUGCGCUGGGGAUCCUCGAAACGAAAAGCCCCAAUUCAGUCGAAUGAGCUCAACGACGGAGAUGAAGUCCGGCGACCUGAAAAUAGUUUCGGCCUCUUUCCAGUGCAAUUGUUCAUCGAGGGAGAUUUGUUUCGAGCCCAGAAGGAGUGCCCAACAGCUAUUCAAGUUUCAAAAUCCCCGGAGAAGCUUGGAGGUGAGUUUGAAGCUGAAAAUUUUCUGUCGAAAAUGAUGAUUGAGCAACCUACUUUCGUUCCAAUUUGGGAUCAAUUCUGUGAAUGGUUUGAGCAACAACACGCUAAAGUGUUGAGGGCAACACUUUUUGAAGAGGUAGAGCCUGAUAUGAUCCAAAUUGGCCACUUCUACGAGUCACAAUUACUUGCCAAAGAAGCUAUCAAAGUUGGGAAGAAGAAAGGCAGAAUUUGUCUAAGUCAAAAUCCGUGUUCAGGAUACAUACUUUGGAGGCAUGGUUCUCUCAAUUGGCUUGGUGGAAAUUCUAUUUUAAUAGUUUUUUUUGCAGAUAAAGUUACCAACUUUCCAAUGGUAUGCUUUGUGGAUCCAGAUGAUGUCAUUAAGGUUGUUUUCCAAGGCCUCCAAGUUGCUACCUCAAAACUGGAAAACUGCCAGAAAAUGGUUAAGUCUGGAAACUGUUUUGUGAAGCCUACUUUGGAGCUUGAUUCGAGGAGUAUGGAUCUGAUUCAAGACCAAAGGCUUCCACAACAUGAAACUAGGUAUGUUUAUGUACAAAGGGAGGGAACUGGAUGAAGGAUUGGAGUUCGGGAAGGCUUCGAACGAAUGGCACGAAGUUACUACGAAAGCUGCUUUUUGACUGUUUGUUGGCAGCUUGCUUGUGCUUCAAGAAAGGGAGUUUAAACCCGAAUUUUUGUGUCCUUUUUAGUGUAGACUUUUACCUUAAUUGUUGCCUAGCUCUAUUAGGAUUGUAUUAGGUUUAUUUUCAUUUAAAUACCUUCUAAUUACAUUGUAAAAUUCAGAAUUUGAUUAAUCGAAAAACAAACCUUUGGUUUUGUGCAAGUUGCGACUUGUUUUGGGUUUGGUGGAUUCCAAACUUGCUGAGUUUGUGUAUCGAUUGAAUAGUCACUUCAAUCGUGGUCGAGCAACUACCCUCUUAUACCAAUUGAGCUAUCCCAGGUGUGGAUUUGUCCUUUUGGUUCCGUUUUAUCCAAGUUCGUAUUAAGAACGUUUCGUUCUUGAUUCGAGCUCAAUCGAUUCUUCGAUUGAGUCGUUAGCUUCGUGACUUUGAUAACAUACACCCCUCCAGGGGCGUAUCAGAAUACAACUUUUAUCAUAGA